CUGCUCUCCAUCUCCAUGCAAGCAAUAGCAAUAUUUAGCAAAGCCCACCUUGGUUUUAAUUACUAGAAUUCACACAGUUUCAAGCAACAAUGGAAGAACAAAGAAAACCUCAGUUUCCACCACAGACUCAACCUCAGCAACCAGGUAAAGAAUAUGUCAUGUGCCCACUUCCGCUAGCCAUAAACCCUGACUACAAGCCUUCCGAAAAACUCAACGGAAAGGUAGCUCUGGUGACUGGAGGGGAUUCGGGGAUAGGAAGAUCUGUAUGCUACCAUUUUGCAUUAGAGGGUGCAACUGUGGCCUUUACAUAUGUACAAGGCAUUGAGGACAGAGACAAGGAUGACACCCUAAAGAUGCUACUGAAGGCUAAGUCAAGCGAUGCAGAUGAUCCAAUUGCCAUAGCUACUGAUGUUUCAUCAGAAGAAGAUUGCAAGAGGGUUGUCGAACAAGUUGCGAGUAAAUAUGGGCGGAUUGAUAUUUUGGUCAACAAUGCUGGCGUACAGCAUUAUACCAACUUGGUAGAAGAGAUUACUGAGGACUGGCUGGUGAGGCUGUUCAGAACCAACAUAUUUGGUUGUUUCUUCAUGACCAAGCAUUCAUUAAAGCACAUGAAAGAAGGAAGUUGUAUAAUCAACACAACAUCUGUUACUGCUUAUGCUGGCUCCCCUCACCAAUUACUUGACUAUUUGUCUACCAAGGGAUCGAUUGUUUCCUUCACUAGGGGAUUGGCUCUAAGACUUGUGGAUAAAGGAAUUCGUGUCAAUGGUGUGGCUCCAGGUCCGAUCUGGACGCCACUGCAACCCGCAUCUCUGCCUGCAUACGAGGUAGAAUACUUGGGGUCUGACGUGCCAAUGAGAAGAGCAGGACAGCCUUACGAAAUGGCACCUUCUUACGUCUUCCUGGCUUCCAAUCAGUGCUCGUCUUACAUGACUGGCCAAGUUCUUCAUCCUAAUGGGGGUACGAUUAUAAAUGGUUAAUUCAUCUCUCAUGCUCUCGCGGUUCUGUUCGUUCUGCGAGUGGUCGUACGUGUACGCUGUUAUAUAUGUAUGUGUUUGCCAAAGAAAUACGAUACUAUCUGCGUGUUAUUAUCAAUCAAUAAAACAAUUAUAUAUGUUUUCUCAAUACAUAAAUAAAUAAAACAAUUAUGUUCUGUUUUUUC